AUUUCGAAUUCACAGAAGCAGCAACAGAAGCAUUCUCACCUUUCACCUCCAUAACCACAACUCUCAUCCCCCUCCAUUCUCUCUCUCCUCCCAUAAUUCUAAACCAACCACCACACCCACCAUAAGAACACCCAAAACUACUAGUUGCACCCUACUCCUGCAUUUGUUCAUCUGGCUUGUCUUCUUCUUCUUCUUUUUCUCCAUCUGGGCCUUCUUCUUUCUCAUCUGGGCGUUCCUUUCGUCACCUGGGUUUUCUUCUAAAAUGGCGGGAAUGGUGGCUGUUGAUCCGUACGUUCUCUUGACCUUCUUCGCCUCCCUCUUAGGUUUCCUCGUUCUGUCUGUUCUCCGACGCCGUAAUUACAGCAAAGCCAAGAGCAAGGCUCAAAACAACAAUAAUACGACGAACGUUCCAGAAAAAAGUAUCAACCGCUUCGAUGACGGAGAAGUCUCGCUAGUUCACGGCUCUGGCACCGACGUCAUCGUUGUCGGUGCGGGCGUUGCUGGCGGUGCUCUCGCCCUUACCCUCGCUAAGGAGGGAAGACAUGUUCAUGUAAUUGAAAGAGACUUGACAGAGCCGGAUCGAAUUGUCGGUGAGCUUCUCCAGCCGGGAGGGUACCUGAAAUUGAUUGAGCUGGGACUUGAAGAUUGUGUGGAGGAAAUUGAUGCUCAGCGAGUGGUUGGAUACGCUCUUUUUAAGGAUGGGAAGAACACUUUGCUGACCUAUCCUCUGGAACAGUUCCACUCCAAUGUGGCGGGGAAAAGUUUCCAUAAUGGCCGAUUCAUACAGAAGAUGAGAGAAAAAGUUGCCAAGCUUCCCAAUGUACAACUGGAGCAAGGUACUGUCACAUCCCUGCUUGAAGAAAAUGGAGCAAUUAAGGGGGUUCAAUACAAACCUAAGGAUGGUCGAGAACUUAAAGUUUACGCUCCUCUUACAAUUGUUUGUGAUGGUUGCUUUUCAAAUCUGCGCCGCACUCUUUGCAAGCCUCAGGUAGAAGUACCCUCUUGCUUUGUAGGACUAAUCUUGCAAAAUUGCAAACUCCCAUUUGCAAAUCAUGGGCAUGUUAUUCUAGGAGAUCCCUCUCUGAUCCUGUUUUAUCAAAUCAGCAGUACAGAAGUCCGUUGUUUGGUUGAUGUACCCGGGCAAAGGGUACCUCCAAUUGCCAAUGGUGCGUUGGCCAACUAUUUGAAGAAUGUGGUGGCUCCACAGGUUCCACGUGAACUUUAUGAUGCCUUCAUUGCUGCAAUUGAUAAAGGAAAUAUUAGAAUAAUGCCCAACAGAAGCAUGCCUGCCAGUCCACAUCCAACUCCAGGAGCUCUUUUGCUGGGCGAUGCUUUCAAUAUGCGUCAUCCUUUAACUGGUGGAGGAAUGACUGUGGCACUGUCAGAUAUUGUCGUGCUCAGGGAUCUUCUUAAGCCGUUGCAUGACCUACAUGAUGCAGCUUCAUUAUGCACAUACCUAGAAUCGUUUCAUACCUUGCGGAAGCCGGUUGCAUCUACAAUAAAUACCUUGGCAGGUGCCCUAUAUAAGGUGUUCUCUGCCUCCCUUGAUGAAGCAAGGACAGAGAUGCGCCAAGCAUGUUUUGACUAUCUCAGCCUCGGAGGUGUUUGUUCAACGGGACCAGUGGCUUUGCUUUCUGGUCUAAACCCUCGUCCGUUGAGUUUAGUCUUUCACUUUUUUUCUGUGGCGGUAUAUGGUGUUGGUCGUUUGCUACUACCAUUUCCUUCACUAAAACGCAUCUGGCUUGGAGCUAGAUUACUUUGGAGUGCAUCGGGUAUUAUAUUCCCUAUCAUCAAGGCGGAAGGAGUAAGACAAACCUUCUUUCCUGCUACUAUUCCAACUUAUCAUAGAGCUCCUCCUGCUGAGUAAGCUACAAAAAAUGAUGUGGGAGAGCAAGGCAAUGUCAUGCUUCAAAUUUGUUGUUGUCAAAAGUCGAGACAAACCAGUCGGUACCUGCAAAUUCUUUCUUGUUAAUGAUAGAUAAGAGGAAAUCCAAUUGUAUUUUCCCUAAAGUCAUUGAAACAUUGUUUCUAUGGGCUUAGGACGGUUUUCUCAAUGCAUGAACCAUUGAUGUAGGAACUCGAAAUAUGUAUAUCUUAUGGUGGUAUGGCCAAGCGAAAGAAAUGUAAGAGUAUAUGUUAGAUGUUUGCAUCGAAAAUAAAGGAAAAAAUAUGUUAGAAAUUAGUCUUA